UGAUCCUCCGAAGAAGCAACGCGAGCAGAGGAAAAGCAAGAAGCAGAAGGGCGAAGACACUUCUCGAAUCUUCUCCCCGUCCUCUUUCUUCUUCCCCGAAGCAAUCGAACCGACUGCUCCCUGCUCCCUUCCGUUUGCGAUUGAUCCUCAGACGCUCUCAGAAUCGAAGCCCGAACCCCACAACACCUUGCGAGCCCAGGAAGGCUUCGCCGCCGACGGUCGGAGAGAGGAGACGAUGGACCGGAGAGGGAGGUCGCGAGGGAUGAUUCCGCUCCUCGCCGUCCACGCUGUGAGCGAGUACUACAGGCUCGAGAGGAAGCCUCCUGUCACCGCCGGCCUCCUCGCCGCCAACACGCUCGCUUACUUGCGGCCCGGCGCGCUCGAUUCGCUUCUCCCUCCCAUCGACCAAGUCUGGUUCAAUCCUCACCUCAUUCUCAAGUACAAGGACCCGAGGCGCUUCUUUUUAUCAGCAUUUUACCACAUGAAUGAGUCUCACCUGGUAUACAACAUGCUGUCAUUAUUAUGGAAGGGAAUUCAGCUGGAAAGUUCGAUGGGAAGUGCUGAAUUUGCAUCCAUGGUUGCUGCAUUAUUAGCGAUGUCCCAAGGAAUAACUCUAAUGCUUGCGAAAUCCCUUCUCAUUUUCUUCGAUUAUGAAAAGCCUUAUUACUCAGAAUUUGCUGUUGGAUUUUCUGGUGUCCUCUUUGCCAUGAAAGUUGUCUUGAAUUCACAGUCCGAGAACUACACGUAUGUGCAUGGGCUGGUCGUUCCUGCACGCUAUGCUGCAUGGGCUGAAUUGGUUCUGAUUCAAAUGUUUGUGCCGGGCGUUUCUUUUCUUGGACACCUUGGUGGGAUACUUGCCGGCAUUCUUUAUCUGCGUCUAAAGGGUAUGUACUCAGCUCCGGAUCCACUUACUCUGGUUAUCAGAGGCAUUGGUAGUGUGCUGAGAUGGCCAUUGAGGUUUAUGCGGUCGUUGUUCGGAUUCCGUCGUCGUCGGAUUUCUGGUAGAGGAACAGUGGGUAGAAAUCAAAGACGAUGGACUGAGCCUGGAGUUUGGAGAUGCGAUGCUUGUACCUACGAUAAUUCCACCCAGUUAAACGAAUGUGAGAUGUGUGGGACUAGCCGGAGUAUUAGCAGGUCCCGUACACCUCCAUCUUCCAGGUAUUCUGAGGAUCUUCCCCUGGACGAGUUGCGCCGUCGGAGAGUCGAAAGGUUUGGGAGAUGAUACUGUCACUUGUGAAGGGCGGAUCGUCAGUAAGUUUUGGGAAAGGAGGUGGUCGGAUCUGAAGCACGAUGCACUUUUGCUGACACUGUAUAGUUCCGUGAUCGUCGCACAUAGAUGUGUUGCCUCGACCGUUGAUGUCGGGUUGCAUAUGCAGUUGAUUUUCAGUGUUGUACACUUCCAGAUUAUGAUAAUAACGUACAUCUAGCUGCAAAGAAGCUUCAAUUGUUGGCAAGUUUCAGGAUAAGAUUGCUUUUGUUGGUGAUUAAGAGCUGAUAAUUGAUUCUC